AUGUUAAUAGGAAGCUUUAAUACUAGUAUAGAAGUUUUUGACAAUAAAAUUUCAAACAUUCUAAAUAAGAAUCAAAAUGUUAAAUCAAUAUUUGAAGAGUAUUUAAAGUUACGAGCAAGUUUUAAGGAUAAUACAUUCUUAAAAGAUGGUAUUUUUACGAUUAAUGAUCAGACAAAUAUUAACAACAAAUUUAACGAAACUGUCGAUAAAUUUAGUGACGCAAAUGACCUACAUGAUUUUAUUAUUGUCACCUCUUUCCAAGAUAUUAUUGCAUUUUAUAAAGCCAUGAUAAACCUUAUCAAAACUGUCAAAUAUUUUAUUCAUGCCGAAUUACUAACAAAUGCACAAGAAUAUUUUAUACAUUAUCGUGGGGUAUAUAAAUCAGAUUUGUAUUUGAAAGCUAAAUUUACAUUAUCUAGUUUUAAUGAAAUUAAAGAAAAAUAUAACGAAAUAUUCUUAAUGCUUGAUGAUAGAAAAAGCUUAAAAUUUGCAGAAGCAUCAAAAUAUCAAGAUU